AAUAACGUUAUUUAUUUUACGUGAAACUUGGAACACGAACUGACCAGAUCACAGAACCACAACGCUCUGAAAUAAAAGAGAAAAAACAUUGUCGAUACAAACGCGAAAGUUCUUUCUAUUUAUUCGUUACGUUGCAUUGCUAUUUGUGUGAUUUGUGCAAAUUUCCUUAUCAAAAACCCUGAAGUAUUGCGGUUUUUUUUUAAUUUUCAUUUAAACCGGAACUGAAAAAGCAACAAUACAAUUUUUAAUUGAGUCGAAAAAAUUACAAUUGUUUGUUCUUAUGUGAAUUUGAUAAAGAAAAAUAAAAUAAACGAAAGAAACAAUGAAACUAACGACCAUUUUACUACUAACCGCAUCCAUAUUUUGCUCUUCGUUGGCCUAUCCAGCCGGUGGCAAUCCAGAUAAUGAUGUUGAAUUGAUCAGCGGUGGGUCUCAACCCGGAUAUCAACCUACACCAUCAAUCCCAUCCGUUCCAUCCGUUCCAUCCGUACCACUUGUUCCAAACAUUCCAACAACAUUCGCGGUUCCCCUUUAUCCUUCCUAUCCUUACCCAUCCUAUCCCACAUACACUCCAUCCUACUUCCCACUCGGUUGGACUUAUAACGUCUUUGAUGGAUUCUCAAAUAUCUUCCAUCAAAUUCGUAAUACAGCAUCGAACGCAUGGUCGAGAGUACCAUCGAUGCAACCAAUAAUUAAAAAUUACUGGCCUGAUGUUAAAACUAACGGUUCAACCACUUCGACCGUAAAGGUUGUUGGCGAUCAUAAAUUUAUCAUCAAUGAAACAGUGCACGUUCAACAAAGUGAUUUUGGUCAUAUUAUUUUCAAAGUACGAACGGUAGACAUUAAACCAGCCGAACCAAAUGACGAAACAACCGAAGGUGUCGUCGAUAAUGACACAACAAUUUAUCCGAAUGUUGAUAUCGAUACCACAUACAGACCAACCGAAAUUGAAGAAGAUGACGAACGACCGAAUGUUGAAGAUACAGGUGAUAUUGAUGGCAAUAGUGUUGGUACACCCGAAUUACUUGAUAAUACCAACGAAAUUUUAACGCUAAACAAUCUUGAACAUUUUGAGCCUGAAGAGGCACCAGAUUCUGCCGAAGAUACAAAUGAUAUAAGAAAGCAGUCGUUGACAGUGCGAAAAUCGGAGAACAUCGAAUUUGAUUUGCCAUCUGAAAUGAUCAUCAGUUCGGAGGAGAGUAAUGAUAAAAUGUCCCAUUUGAAUAUCGAUCAAAAAGGCGUGAGUAAUGAAUGGGCCGAAGUGGAGCUCGAUAAUUCGGAUGAACAAAAAAAAAACUUAUUACCAGAUAAAUAGCAACGAAAACACCAUUGAACAAGUGGAAGACGCUACUGUUGAUUUAACAAAUGAUAUUGCAAUAAAUCAAAUGUUGGCCGAUCAAGGUGCAGCAUAUAAUCCAGAUGCAGAAUUUUUCGACGUGAGUCAAUAUCAACCAGAAGGAGAUGCCUCCUCACAAGUGCACAAAGAACCACAACAAGAAUCUUUUGAUUACUUACCAUAUCCACACCAUCAAACUUCUUCUGACAAACGAUCGACCAUCAAAUAAAUUGAAUCUGAUGACUAAUCUAUUUUCAUUAGAGGCAAAAAUGCUAGAUUUAGACUCUAUUCAUUAAGUUUAUUUAUUUACUUUUGGGCAAUAAUAUUGCGUGCUCGGCUGAACACUUUCGUCGGUAGUUUGUUUGCAUUUUCAAUAACCAUGUAUACAAUAAGUUGAAAAAAAGUCUGCUCAAAAUUGAUAUCGCGUGCAACGAAAUUCGUUGAAGUAACUCAGAGAAGAAAAAAAAAAUAAACAACGAACAAUUUUUUGUUUUCAAUUUUGAUGCAUUUUAUUUUUAAACAAAACCAUUUUUUGUAUCUUUAAGUCAUAGCCAAAAUGUGUGCCACAAUUUUUAAACAAAUUAUAUUUAAUAACACUUUUUAUCGAUUACGUGGAACAUUCACUUGUCUCUGCAAUUCUUGGAAUGCAUUUGUGACACUGGCCUGAAUCGAUCUACCUAAGUCUGUAUCAAUUUUAGAUUUUUAAAAAAACAUUCAUUAUAAGUUAAUGUGAAUAAAAAAAUAUUAUACACAA